AUUAGGCUACAAUUUAAAUAAACAUUUUAAACGCUAUUAUUUCCUCUCGUUUUCCACCUUGUGAACUCUACUAAGCUAGCCUACAAUAAGCCUCUUGUUCCAUUCUUACAACAUAGCAUGUCACAACAUACUGUGACAGGCAUAUCUUUUUUGGUAGUCAUUUCCAACUUUCCACGUGUAAGGGUCCUGUCCGUGCUCCUUUGUUUGUUCCCCAUGUGCUUUGUGUUUAUCUGCCUGUCACCUGUCAGUGUCUCCGCCCCUCACCUGUUCCUCAUUAUUAGUCUGCUAGUUUAAUUAUGAUUUCCAGCCCUGUGUUCACCUGUCUCUUGUUUCUUGUCCACUUGUGCCUUGUUAGCCUUGUUUAACCCCUGUGUAUUUAAACCCUCUGUCUCCCUCAGUCCCCUGUCGGUCAUUGAUGUUGUUUCGUGGUUGUAGUGUGCAUUUGCAUUAAAGAUUCCGGGUUUCAAGUUCAAGUGUGCCUCGUUCUCGACUUGCUCUGCGCCUCGGUCCAGCUCUCCAUACUGCAACCUUGACAGAAUAACCGACCCACAAACAUGGAAGAAGGCAAGUUUUUUUUAUUUUAAUUCCGACUUGCCACUGCACCUAAUGCCCUGGGAGCUGUUCUGGGAGGAUGAAGAGGAGGGGGAAACCACUGAGGACGACUGGUCCUCUGAGGAGGAUGGACCAGGUCCCUCUCCAGUCCCAGCUCCCCAACGCCCUGGGCCUGCAGUUCUUCCAGUAGCUCGAGCUCCAGUCCCUAUUCCAGCUCCAGUCCCGAUUCUGGCUCCAGCUCCAGUCCCUAUUUCGGCUCCAGUCCCUAUUCUGGCUCCAGCUCCAGUCCCUAUUCUGGCUCCAGCUCCAGUCCCGGUUCCGGUUCCAGCUCCCUCUCCAGCCCCGAGUCAGACUUCUGCGCCGGCUCCAGCCCCGAUUCCGGCUCCAGCUCGCUCUCCAGCCCCGAGUGAGGCUCCUGUGCCGGCUCCUGAUCCUGCUCUGACUCCGGCCCCGAGUCAGACUCCUACACCGGCUCAGGCUCCAGUCCCGACUCCGACUCCGGCUCCAGUCGCGGUUUCGACUCCGGCUCCAGUCGCGGUUUCGACUCCGGCUCCCGCUCCAGAUCUGGCUCCAGCUCCCGAUCCAGCUCCGACUCGGGCUUCAGCUCUGACCGGUCGUCCAUCGGGCCGUCCGCCUGACCCGCCGUCUCCGACCGGCCAUCCGCCUGACCCGCCGUCUCUGACCGGCCGUCCGCCUGACCCUCCAUCUCUGAUCGGCCGCCCAACGGGUCGUCCACCUGAUCAUCCGUCCCUGGCCAACCGUCCGCCUGACCCUCCGUCUCUGACCGGCCAUCCGCCUGACCCUCUGUCCCUGUCCGGCCGUCCACCCGGCCGCCCGCCUGACCGGACAGGCCUGACCGGGCGUCCACCGGGUCGUCCACCUGAUCCUCCGUCCCUGGCCAACCGUCCGCCUGACCUUCCGUCUCUGACCGGCCGUCCACCGGGUCGUCCACCUGACCCUCAGUCUCUGACUGGCCGUCCACCCGGCCGUCCGCCUGACCCUCUGUCCCUGUCCGGCCAUCCACCCGGCCGUCCGCCUGACCCUCUGUCCCUGUCCGGCCAUCCACCCGGCCGUCCGCCUGACCCUCUGUCCCUGUCCGGCCAUCCACCUGGCCGCCCGCCUGACCCUCCUGCCGUUAGCCCCCUCCGCCCACCCUGUUUGGACCUUUUUUUUGUUUGGGCCGUCUAGAAUCCGGCCCUUGGAGGGGGGGUAAUGUAAGGGUCCUGUCCGUGCUCCUUUGUUUGUUCCCCAUGUGCUUUGUGUUUACCUGCCUGUCACCUGUCAGUGUCUCCGCCCCUCACCUGUUCCUCAUUAUUAGUCUGCUAGUUUAAUUAUGAUUUCCAGCCCUGUGUUCACCUGUCUCUUGUUUCUUGUCCACUUGUGCCUUGUUAGCCUUGUUUAACCCCUGUGUAUUUAAACCCUCUGUCUCCCUCAGUCCCCUGUCGG